GAGAAAGAGGAACUUUCUUUCAGAGGUCCGGAUGAUUGAAACCAUUGAGCGGGAGCGCCUGGUGAAGGCAAGUGAAGAGGAUUCGGGCAGGUUUCCAUCUGUCACCCUCCUCCUGGCAGUAUUUUCCACUGGGAUCGGAGGAACAUUUCAGUACGGAUACAAUAUUUCCAUCAUUAAUGCUCCCACCAUGCAUGUACAGAAAUUCAUUAACGAGACAUGGGAGAUCCGAUUUAGCAGUGAUCUGGACAGGGGACUGCUGAGACUUCUGUGGUCUAUAAUUGUUUCAACUUUCACCCUGGGUGGGUUUCUGGGGGCAUGGCUAGGAGGACUCCUGGUGGUCCGAUUUGGCCGGAAAAGGACACUUUUACUCAUCAACAUCCUUGUUCUGGCUGGAUCGGCUCUGAUGGGAGCAAGUAACCCUGCCGGCGUGUUUGAAUUAUUAAUAGUCGGCAGGUUUCUUGUGGGACUACAUUCUGGAGUCAGCCUGUGUAUACAGCCCAUGUAUUUGGGAGAAAUUGCACCCAUGGCUCUGAGAGGGACAAUAUCUAUGGGCACAUCAGUGUUCAUAACUGCAGGAAUUCUAAUUGGGCAAGUGAUGGGACAGAGGGAGUUGCUUGGGGGAGAGGAGUACUGGCCAAUCCUGCUCUCCUCCAGCUGCAUUCCUGCUAUACUCCAGCUUCUACUGUUACCAUGGUUCCCUGAGAGUCCUAGGUAUCUCUUCAUCGAUAAAAGAGAGGAAAUGAAAGCCCUCCAUGCUCUCAGGAGAUUCCAUGAUGCUAACUCUUACGUGAGUGAAUUGAAGGAUUUGGAGAAGGAAUGUGCGGAAAUACAAGUGCAGCAGUCAAAGCGACUGUGUGGGCUUCUCUUAGAUCGCUCAACUCGAUGGCAGCUGAUCACAGUCAUCAUAAUGAACAUGGCUCAGCAACUUAGUGGGAUCAAUGCUAUUUACUUCUAUGCCACCUAUGUAUUUAAUCAAGCUGGAAUCGCAGAAGCAUAUAUCCCAUAUGUAACUAUGGGCACUGGGGUCUGUGAGUGUCUCUCAGCCUUAUGCUGUGGCCUUCUGAUUGAACGUCUCGGAAGGCGAGUGCUCAUCCUUGGUGGUUACUCACUUAUGGCACUGUGGUGUGGUGCAAUGACCAUCACACUUACCUAUCAGGCUUCCUAUUUCUGGGUCCCCUACGUGACUAUGACCUGUUUGUUUGCAUUUAUUCUAAGCUUUGGUCUGGGACCAGGGGGUGUGACCAACACUGUGACAGGGGAGCUGUUCACACAAUCCACACGCCCUGCUGCAUACAUGAUCGGUAGCUCCAUGAAUUGGAUCAGCUUCUUCUUUAUCAGUCUAAUAUUCCCCAUGAUUGUGGAGGGACUACAGCAGUUUUGUUUCAUCAUCUUCCUGGUUGAGUGCUUCCUGGUGACACUGUUCAUAUAUAUCGUCUUACCUGAAACUAAAAACAAGUCCUUCCUGGAUAUCGAGAAGGAAUUUCGAGCCCGGAAUUUCAAGAGUGGAAUAACAGAGGCUGUCAACAGAAACAUGCUAGUGUCAAGUUGUUAAAAACCUUAAUUGGUAUCCACAAAAAAGCAUCCCAACUGCAGCCUGUCACACUGUUAAGGAGCCUGGAAA